AUGAAGGGGCCCUCACCCACCAGCAGCCUCCUGCUGCUACUGUUGCUCCUAAGCCCAGACCCUGGAGGAGCAUUGCCACUGGCACCCAGCACUACAUCAUGCUGUACUCAGUUCUACCGACAGCCACUCUCAACCAAACUACUGAGGAAGGUCAUCCGAGUGGAAUUUCAGGAAGCUGAUUGGGACUGUCACCUCCAGGCCUUCGUGUUUCACCUGUCUCGACGCAGCGUCUGCAUCCACCCCCAGAACCGCAGCCUGACUCUGUGA